CUAGCUAGCAAGCUGUCAAAGCUGUCAAGUGGAGAGGCUGAGGCUAACGUUUCGGCUUCUCUCAAUUUGGCCACAACAGCUCCGGCCCAAGAUUGAAUUAGAUAAUUAUUUAUAAUAUAAACUGCGUCGCCAGUCGAGAAAAGUAAUGCAUCCCUGGUUUACGCAGAACAGGGAGUUCCGCACUUUCACAAAUUAUAUGCACUGAGUUUGGGAGUCGACUGCUAGCUAACUAGCUAGCUAACUUAGCUAACCGCAGCCCCCCUUUCAUCUCGACGGCGUACCCUCUUAACUGUGGCCACUCGGCCCUUGUCAGCGUCGCAGUUUUUGUCGUCGUUAACCGAUCUCCUGUACAUUAGGUUAUAAGAGGGACACAAUGGGGGCGUUUUUGGACAAGCCAAAGAUGGAAAAGCACAAUGCCCACGGUGAGGGUAACAACCUGAGUUAUGGUCUGAGUAGCAUGCAAGGCUGGCGAGUUGAGAUGGAGGAUGCACACACAGCUGUAAUUGGUCUGGCUCAUGGUCUUGACCUCUGGUCCUUCUUUGCGGUGUAUGAUGGGCAUGCCGGCUCCCAGGUUGCCAAAUAUUGCUGUGAGCACCUCCUGGAGCACAUCACCAGCAACCCAGACUUCCAGAGUGCUCUGCAGGAAGAACCCUCAGUGGAUAGUGUGAAGAAUGGAAUCCGUACAGGUUUCCUCCAGAUUGAUGAACACAUGAGGACCAUCUCCGAGAAGAAGCAUGGUGUGGACCGCAGUGGCUCCACUGCGGUAGGAGUGAUGAUAUCCCCAGGGCACAUCUACUUCAUCAACUGUGGAGACUCACGAGGACUCCUCAGCCGGGGUGGAACUGUGCAUUUCUUCACACUGGACCAUAAGCCCAGUAACCCUUUAGAGAAGGAGAGGAUCCAGAAUGCUGGUGGCUCAGUCAUGAUCCAGCGUGUUAAUGGGUCUUUAGCCGUAUCACGGGCUUUGGGAGACUUCGACUACAAGUGUGUCCAUGGAAAGGGCCCCACAGAGCAGCUUGUCUCACCUGAGCCUGAGGUGUAUGCAAUAGAAAGGUGUGAGAAGGAAGAUGAGUUCAUUGUGCUCGCUUGUGAUGGCAUCUGGGAUGUCAUGGCAAAUGAGGAACUGUGUGAGUUUGUCAGGUCAAGGCUAGAAGUGACAGAUGAUCUUGAAAGAGUCUGCAAUGAAAUCGUAGAUACCUGCUUGUACAAGGGAAGUCGGGACAAUAUGAGUGUUGUGUUGAUCUGUUUUCCAGGAGCUCCAAAAGUAUCUUCUGAAGCUGUAAAAAGGGAGGUGGAACUGGAUAAAUACCUAGAGGGCAGAGUGGAAGAGAUCAUCAAGAAGCAGGGUGAUGAAGGAGUACCGGAUUUGGUCCAUGUGAUGCGGACAUUAGCAUCUGAGGACAUCCCAAAUCUCCCUCCUGGAGGAGAGCUAGCAAGCAAACGCAGCGUCAUUGAAGCAGUGUACAACAAACUCAACCCCUACCGGAGUGAUGACACAGACUCAGCGUCCACAGAUGAUAUGUGGUAACACAACCCCCUACCACUAACACAGCAUAGAGUUUACAAACCGCCACCCUCUCAAGACCCACAGCAGCUCAGCUCAGCAGUCCGUCUCCGCCACUCUGAGCGUUCGGUUUCUAAGAAGGGAAUUUCAUGGGAGGAGAAAGAGGAAAAAGGAGAUGCGUGCACACAAACCUGGAGUAGUGCAGCACCGGUCCACUCUGGAGUUCAGGAUCCCCCACCGUCUUGUCUCCCCUUUGUGUUUAUCCUACCUAAUACCUCCAACCCCCUAACACCCCUCCCCCUUACAGAAAAAAAGCAAUCCAUAAUGAGUGAGUUCACCAGGUUUUUUUUAAAAUAAUCAGCUUAAAGAUUUUCUUCCCUGUAAUUAAUUUGAUUCACAUUUCCGUGUGUUGUAUAUUUCUGUUUUUGUGAAGUGCAAUUGUCCUGUACAAACAGCCUGUAUUUAAUGCAGCUUGAUUUUAAGUUAAAAAAUGAAAGAAAUGAAAAAGAGAACCUUUUUAUGCACUAUCUGCCUUUUUCCUGCUCUUCUGGAGUUCUAACAAAUGUUUAUUCAGUGAAUAUUACGGUUUGUCCUCCAGGUGCUCUGUCUUUCAGCAUUUUUUUUUGGAAGUUUCUCUUUGCUCCUUUAAGAAACGGGUAAAUUGUAUAGGUUGACAGCACAGUAAGCUCUCUAUAUAAACCAUUCAAAUCCUAAAUAUUUUCUUUUUUUUCUCCUGUGCUUUUUUUAAAUUUUUUUUUAUUGUAUUUUAUUUUUGUACAUGGUUUUCUGUACAUGCUCAAUAACGGCAAAGGGUUUCUCGGUUGUGUCGGAAAUCAAGAGUUGGGUGGGGGGGGACCACCUCCUCAAGGCGGAUGAUGGAAAAGGAGUUGUCUAUGUGGUGUAAAGAAAGCUUGGCGAGACCUCCGUUUAACAUUUGCCACGUUAGUUUGUGUGCAAAUAGAUGUGUACAUGCGUGCAUGGGUGCUUUGUGUGUAUGUAUGCGUGCACAUGCGUUUCAUGUAUAGGUAGAUCUGUGUGGGCAACUCCAACUUGGCUUUGCUGCGGUAGUUCAAGCUACGAAUUUCAGUUUGCAGGCUGGAGCUUACAGCGACUGCUCCACCAGUGCUCACCCAUCGGUACACCACCCUUCAGACAUCUUUUCCAUAUCAAGACAGUUAAGUCCAUCACUGCUACUUCUUCCAAAAAGGGUUUUGGAUAACACAGUUUACAUGCUGUCAUACUAUUUGAACAAUACAGUGCUAUACAUCAUAUCGAUACUGUCGUCUCUGAUGACACCGGUAGUCCAGUUUAACACAUGGCGUAUGAUGAUUUUUAAAGUCACUAGUCAGGGCCUUGGCUUAUUUACACACCAGUCCUCAUAUUUGAAUAUUAUUUUCCUGAAUAAACAUUGUUAUGCCCAAUGUGGGUGCCAAUAUAUUCUGAUCACUCGUUUCAGCUUUAUCACCUCCUAUGCCAAGUCUUUUUUUUUUUUGUUUCAUGAGAUACAGAUUUUGUUUUUUGGUACAUGGAGUUUGGGUCAUAUCUCAACAUCACCUGCUUCUUUCACUGUUAUGAUCUGUUCAAGCACUGACUAUUAUGGAGAAAAUUGACAUUGACCUUUUAAAGGGAGGAGAAAACGUCUCCUAACUUCGAGGUGAUUCUUUUCAGAUGGUCUUUUUUUUUGUACUUAUAAACCAAGAACAAAUCCACUAAACGCGAUGAGGUCUCCUGGUUGUAUAGCACUUUUAUUUUUAUUUUUCCCAUCAUGUUGGCCCUGCUAUGAACCCUCCCCCACUGCACCAGAAGCCAGAGCACAAUACAGUUUGCUGCUACAGUGUAUGAUCUAUGGGUUGAUUUGCAGUUUUUAUUUUUCUUCUUCACCCCCCCCCCCUUUAACCACGAACGGUCACUGAUAAAAUCUGUAUUUAAAGACACACAGUAGAUAUAUUUCUUAAAGAGAAAUGGUUUUAUUUCAGAUUUAUUUUCUUCCACUUAUUGUCUAAAAUUGCAUUGUUUGAACUUUAUCUGUGUAUAUAUAUAUAUGUAUUUUUGACAAACGUUAAAAAAAAUAAAUCAUGUCGCUUGACUUAGC